UUAAUGAUUUGUUCACAUCAAAGAAAGAGAGAUAGCUGAGAUCUCUACGAGGUUACCCUUUUUCGGUCUAAGACGUCUUGUGAAAAUCUCAAUUCUAGGGUUUCAAAUCUUCUUUUUCUCUAUUGGGUUCCAAAAGUUUCUCUCUGUUCUUGAAUUCAUUUCUGAGUAGAUGAGAUUUCUGCCGAACAGAUGAGCGAUGGCAAUGUCGUCGGGGGCUGUUUAUGUUGGAACUACUGUUUCAUCUGAUAAUUUAAAAGGGUUUAUUCUUGCGGUCGUCUCUAGUGCUUUUAUUGGAUCGAGCUUUAUCAUUAAGAAGAAGGGUUUGAAGCGGGCUGGUGCUUCGGGUCCUCGUGCCAGUUCUGGAGGGUACGGUUACUUGUUAGAGCCGCUUUGGUGGGUGGGCAUGGUAACUAUGAUUGUUGGAGAGAUCGCUAACUUUAUAGCUUACAUUUUUGCUCCUGCUGUUCUUGUUACACCACUAGGAGCGUUGAGUAUAAUUGUUAGUGCUGUGCUAGCAAAUUUCUUAUUGAAGGAAAAGCUGACGAAGAUGGGGAUUCUAGGGUGUGUUCUUUGCAUGGUGGGUUCCACAGUGAUUGUUCUUCAUGCGCCUGAUGAGCGCACUCUGACUUCGGUACAAGAAAUAUGGAAUUUGGCAACCCAACCUGCAUUUCUUUUGUAUACUGCAUCGGCGAUAGCUGUUGUGUUGGUACUGAUGCUGCAUUGCACUCCACGUUAUGGGCAGACUAAUAUGAUGGUUUACAUCGGGAUAUGCUCCAUAAUUGGGUCUUUGACAGUAAUGAGCAUUAAAGCUAUAGGCAUUGCAAUAAAACUCACAUUGGAGGGUAAUAACCAGGUCACAUACUUCCAGACAUGGGUAUUUGCAAUGGUUUCAAUAACGUGUAUUGUAAUUCAGCUAAAUUAUCUAAACAUGGUCAGUACUUCAUCUUAGCCUUGUUGCAGAUUUGGUACCCAUAUCUUCAUUCAUUGUUUAUGAAAGCAUGACAUGCUUUUUUCUUGGAAAGCUUUAAAGAGAUUCUGUUUAAUACUUAAAUCCGUUGAAGAACAUGUCAGUUUUUAAUGCUCAGUUUAUAUGUUAAUGAUGUACAUUAAUCUGUUAGCAUGGCAAAAACAGGGUAAAGUAUUUUGGAUGGAAUCUUCUGAAUAAUAAGAAACAUUGCAUUUUCUUUCCAAACAAAGUGGAAUGGCAGAACAGGAUUCAUAUGGCCAACAACAUGUAGUUGGGAUAAAGGCUGAGAGACUUAGUUUUAUAUUUUAUGCAUCUUUGUUCAAAUGAGAAUAUGAGUUAAAAUUGGACCCCGCUGUAACUUAGGCAGGAAUUUUAAAUUUUGUAGACAUGUUGUCCGCAAACCCAUCUACUCUUGCCCUGGAUUAGAUUGGUUGCAAGCACCUUUUUGAACGGUUUAAACAGUUUGGUUUCAAUGGAUGAAAUAAUAAAAAGAGGAGGAAACUUCAAUGCAAACUGGGUAUAUGAUUGAUGUAGACUCAAAACUUGUCAUGAGAUGCCAUCCAACUGUUAGAUACUUAGAUGGAGAGAUCAUUAUUCCUCAGAAGAAGUGGGGGUACUACACGGAAGUUUAUGGGAGUUGAUGCAAAUCCAUGAAAGUGAUUGAGUUUUGUAUGUAUGUACAGGAAAUUCUUAAACCCACCCAACCCACCCC